AUGGCGACGCAAAAGAGUGUAUCGCAGUCGAUUCUCGACAUCAUCACACAGUGCGCUCUCAACAAGUUUGAUGACUCGGCACAGCGCAUCGUCGCCGGCACGCCCUCCUUCCUGGCCACCAUCGACGCCUUUGUCGCCGCUGGCCAAGAGGUCCAGGCAUGUCUGCCCUCGUUUCCCUUCAAGUCGGCCAACAAAGAGUACAAGGUCCUCGGAUCGUUGCCCGACAAGGCCGAGGAGCUUGCUCUUGAGCGCCUCAACACAAUGUGCCGACGCAUCCGCGAAGUAUAUCCGCCCGGCGCCCGCGUCACCAUCAUCUCUGACGGCAUGACUUACAACGAUCUUCUGUCCAUCUCGGACCGCGAAACUUGGCAGUAUGGUGAGGGCCUCCGGAGAAUGGCCCACGAAAAGGGUUUCAACUACAUUUCUUUUGCGCGUAUUCGUGACCUGGUCGAUUGCGACCUGCCCGACAAGCUGCGUGAAAUCACUUACGUCGCAAACUGCACAAACAUGCGCCGUAUCCUCCUCAAUGUCCACGGCCGCGAUGACCUUGACAUUGACAAGGAAAUCGUCGACAACCCCGACACCAAGCUUACCUACUUAGGCUACCGUCGCUUCCUCGAGUCCGAUCUCAAGCACAUCUUUCCCCCGGACAAGGAUCGCACCAACCGCGCCUACAAGCGCGACGUAAAGUAUCUCGCCAAACAGAUGCUCAAGCGCGGCUAUGCUUUUGCUGGCGCUGUAAAAAAGGCCUUUCCACGCCAUCUUCGCCUCUCCAUCCACGAGUCCCUUGGCGAGCACAAAGUCUCCAUUAGUCUGCUCGACACCAAGACGGGCUUCACAACACCCUGGCACUGCAGUGUCGCCCUGCUCGCUGACGGCCAGUGGAUCAGCGCCCCCAAGGGCGAAUUCGAAAAGGACGCCCGACUCGAGGUCGUCUUUGAGCACGGCCGCCCAUCCUACUUCCGCGAGAAACCCCGCGACGCCAACUCACCACCCACCACCAUGACCGAGUCAUGGGCUACGUUUAUGCCCGCCAAAAAGUUUAGUCCUUCGUCCGCCACCUCAUCCUCAUCCUCCUCCAGUCGACUAUCCGACGCCGGCCGCAGCAGCACCGGCAACACCUCGCCGCGCAUCGGCCUCGGCAUCAGCGGCUGCACCACGCCCACACGCGGCGACGUUUCCGAGAGUGAGCUUGUGGUUUCCAAGGAAUCGAACCAGGCGCCUGACUAUGGACGACGAUUGCUGCCUCAGAUUAUUGAUGAGAGGGCCGCUUCGUAUCCGGAGCAGAUUCUGUUUUCGCUGUCGACAAUGGUCAAGAAUGUGCUCGAGUUUCGGGAAAUUUCCGCAAGACAGUUUGCACAGGCCAUUGAUAAGACGGCAUGGUGGCUGCAGAGCAAAGUGGGCAAACAGACUGUCAUUCAGCCCAUUGGAUACAUCGGACCUCACGAUCUCCGACAUAUUCUAUUGACAUAUGCCUGCGUCAAAGUAGGCUAUGCUGCCCUCUUCCUCUCGCCCAAAAACAGCACUCAGGGCGCCCUCGCUGUUCUCGAAACCCUCAAGUGUAACAUCUGGGCCAAGGCCGGCGACGCCCCCAUGGUUCCCCUCAUCCAAGAGGUUCUUCGCGAGCGUCCCAUGACCAUCCUCGAGCUCCCCACCCUCGACGACCUCCUCGACGCCGCCGGCACCUCUCCCUAUCCCUACACCAAGACCUUUGCCGAAGCCACCACCGACCCCUUCUGCUUCCUGCACACCUCUGGCAGUACCGGCGUGCCCAAGCCCAUCCCCUGGUCCAACGGCCUCAUCGGCACCAUGGACGCAAUACGGCUGCUCCCGCGCGUUGACGGCGACCAUGGUCUGCUGCCCUGGACGACCGACUGGGUGGCACACGACCGCGUCUACUCGUCCUUCCCCAUGAGCCACGGCGCCGGCAUCAUCAUGAACGUCCUGCUGCCUGCCCUCUUUGACCUGCAUUGCAUCAUGGGCCCCGUCAACGUGCUGCCCAACGUCACCCUCGUCGAGGCGCUCGCGGAGCAGGCCCGCAUCGACAUCUGGAGCAUGGUGCCGUCUCUGACCGACGAGGUUGGUGAGACACCCGACGUGCUCGCCAAGCUGGCCCCGUCAAAGUUCAUCUGCGCCUCCGGCGGGCCCGUCAGCCCCGUCAGCGCCGGCAAGACGAACAAGGUCAUUCGCGUGCUCAACCUGACAGGCACCACCGAAGGUCUAUUCAUCGGCAACCUGGUGCCACCGCGUGAGGACUGGUUCUGGUUCGCCUUCCACCCGUACUCGGGGUUCGAGUUCAAGCAGCUCGACGAGGACACCUACGAGCACUGGAUCCAUCGCGACGAGCAGCACGCGUCGCUGUUCCAGGGCAUCUACCACACCUUUCCCAAGGAGCAGUCCAUCAACUUCAAGGACCUGUACAUGCAGCAUCCGACGAAGCCGUACCUGUGGGCGUUCAAAGGCCGCAACGACGACCUGGUAGUUCUGUCCAACGGCUACAAGAUCUCGCCGCUGCAGACUGAGGCGUUCAUCUCGACGCACCCCGCCAUCAAUGGCUGUCUGGUAAUUGGCACAGGUAAACCGCAAGCUGCGCUUCUGAUUGAGCUCAAAGAUCCCAACGGCAAGACCGAGGCCAUUCUCGACAGCAUCUGGGAUACGGUUCAAGAGGCAAAUGUGCAGAUGCGCCACAAGAACCAGCUAUUGCGUGACUUUAUCGCCUUUGCCGAGGCCGACAAGCCCUUCAUCCGAACGGACAAGGGCACCGUCAAGAGGCCGGCGACGCUUAAAGUGUAUGAGGACUACAUCGAGCGCUUCUACAGCUCCCGCAACAGCGAUGUUCCCGUGUUUGACGUGGAUCUGAGCUCUUUGGAGUCGAUUCAGCAUGAUGUUCGCGAGCUCUUUGCCUCGUACUUGGCCGAGGUGCGGGACGUCCCACUCGACGCAAAUCUUUUUGAGCUCGGCUUCGACUCACUCGCCGUCUUUGCCGCCAUCAAGACGCUUCGGAUCGUGACUGGUCUGGCUGAUCGUCUGAGUGCGCGUCAGCUGUACGCGAAUCCCACACUAAGCGGUUUCUCGUCGGUUCUGCUCGAUCUUGCCAAGGAGACCAAGGCGCAUAGCGCUGAUGCCGGUAACAGCAAAAUGGGGGAGCUGCAGCGGCUCAUGGCAAAGCACCAAGCGCGCCAGUCGUUCAAGCUCAAUCCCAUGGACUAUGUCAACCCCAACCACUACAUGGGACUCGUCUUUUACUUUCCUUUAGCUGAGGGCGUCGAUUUUCAGCAAGCGUUCGCUACCUUGUCCAAGGGCUUGGAUCGCACCAUGGAUCUGAUUCCGGCGCUGGGUGGAAAGAUGGUGCCCUGCUCCGAGUACGAGAUUGGCUACACCAAGGGCGACCUAUGCGUGUCGGUUCCUCCGGCGCACAUGGCCUCGUCGGCGCACAAUAGACUCAUCUUCAAAGAUUGCUCCGAUACGCUGCCCACGUUUUCUGAGCUGCGCGAAAAGGAGUUUAUGCCGUCGCUGUUCCGCGACGAGAUCAUCCUGCAGCAAGACACCUUUCCCGCGUUGCCAACCGACAUUGUCGUUGCGCAGGCCAACUUUGUCAAGGGCGGUUGCCUCCUCGCCGUGGACAUGAACCACUGCUGCCUGGACGGCAUGGGAGUCAUGAUUGCGCUCAAGGCCUGGGCGGAAAAUUGCCGCUUCCUGCAGGGCGACGCUACGGCGACGUGUUCCUGGCUCGACGUGGACAGCUUCAACCACAGUCUUCCCGAGAUUAUCCACGAGCAAGAAGGCUGGACAAAGUCUCCCGAAGAGGUCGACCCCGGUACAUGGGGCUUCCUUCCCUUCCAGCCCGCAGAGGACUAUGCGCCCACCAAGUACAUCCCGACGGCGGCGGACCUGCCGCCGGCACCCAAGUACAAGCUACAUUCGGUGUGGCCGCUUCCCCGCGCUGAGCGCUGCCUGAACACGACUGUCGUGGAGAUUUCGGCAGAGAAUAUCCGCAAGCUCAAGAAGCAAGUGCUGGCUGACCCCGAAACCAAGGGAUCCACGGCUUCGGUAAGCGACAUUGUGCAGGCCUUUUUCUGGAGAUCCGCGAUUCGCGCCAGACGCCACGUUGCAAGGGCGACGGGAGAAGGCGUUUCGGAGGAAGACAGCCUCUCCAUCUUGGAAUCACCUACGGAUGGUCGGGCGCACUUUUCGUCGCUGCUGCCCGCCACUUACAUGGGCAGCAUGCUCGUCAUGAGCCGCUCGGUGCUAUCGGCGGAAGAAUUGUGUGCACCGGACACGAGCCUCGGUCGCAUCUCUCAGGUGCUCCGUGACACGGCGGCGCGCAUCACUCCAUCACUGGUGCAUGAUGCGUUUACGUUGUUGCAGUCGCUGCCCGAUCACACGCGCUUCUCAACGGCGAAUAUGGGUCUCGACCACUUGCACGCCAUGAUUUCCAACCUCAUUCUGUUCCAGAUGAGCGAGAUUGAUUUCGGUGGCAAACUUUUUGGAAAUAAUGGGUUGCCCGAGAUGAUGCGCCCGCAGCUGGUGCGCGCCCACGGGCGGUUCCGCUUCCUUAUCAUUUCGCCCAUGAAGAAGGACGGCGCGGUGGAACUGGUCCUCGGGACGUUUCCCGAGGAGCUCGAGUUCUUCAAGGCGGAUCAAGAAUUUAACAAGUAUGCCAAGGUUGUCGAUGUGUCGCCUUGGUAA